AAAGAAAAGGCGGGGCCAAAACUUAAGCGUUAAAAUUCACCACCAAGCCAGCCUCCCAGCCGCAGUAAAGAGGUUGUUCUGCAUACCAUCAAGAUGGCUCUUUCUACUAAGUUGACUCUGGAUAAGGUGGAUCUUAAGGAAAAAAGAGUCAUCAUGAGAGUAGACUUCAACGUUCCUAUGAAGAAUAACCAAAUUACAAACAACCAGAGAAUCAAGGCUGCCAUCCCAAGUAUCAAGCACUGUCUGGACAAUGGAGCCAAGUCCGUAGUUCUCAUGAGUCACCUCGGCCGGCCUGACGGUAUCCCCAUGCCAGACAAAUACUCCUUAGAGCCUGUUGCUGCUGAGCUCAAGUCCCUGCUGAACAAGGACGUUAUAUUCUUGAAGGACUGUGUGGGCUCUGAAAUAGAGAAAGCCUGUGCCAACCCAGCUAAUGGGUCUGUCAUCCUGCUAGAGAACCUGCGUUUCCAUGUAGAGGAAGAAGGUAAGGGUAAAGAUUCUUCUGGAAAAAAGAUUACUGCUGAUCCUGCUCAUGUAGAAGCUUUCCGGGCAUCAUUGUCUAAACUUGGCGAUGUCUACGUCAAUGACGCUUUUGGCACUGCACAUAGGGCUCACAGUUCCAUGGUGGGAGUAAAUUUGCCCCAAAAGGCAUCUGGGUUCCUUAUGAAGAAGGAACUGGAUUACUUUUCCAAGGUUUUAGAAAAACCAGAGAGGCCCUUCCUGGCUAUCCUUGGUGGAGCCAAAGUGAAAGACAAGAUUCAACUCAUUAAAAAUAUGUUAGACAAAGUUAAUUUCAUGAUUAUCGGUGGUGGGAUGGCUUACACCUUCCUGAAAGAACUCAGGAUCAUGCAGAUUGGUGCUUCCUUGUUUGAUGAAGAAGGAGCCACGAUUGUCAAAGAGAUCAUGGACAAAGCAGAAAAGAAUGGCGUAAAGAUAAGCUUUCCUGUUGACUUUGUUACUGGUGACAAGUUUGAUGAGCAUGCUAAAGUUGGACAAGCCACUAUAGAAUCUGGUAUACCAGCUGGCUGGAUGGGUUUGGACUGCGGCCCCGAGACCAUUAAAAACAAUGCUCAAAUUGUGGCCCAAGCGAAGCUGAUUGUUUGGAAUGGACCUCUCGGGGUAUUUGAAUGGGAUGCUUUUGCUAAGGGAACCAAAGCCCUCAUGGAUGAAGUUGUAAAGGCCACCUCCAAAGGCUGUAUCACCAUUAUAGGAGGUGGAGAUACUGCUACUUGCUGUGCCAAAUGGGACACUGAAGACAAGGUCAGCCAUGUGAGCACAGGAGGUGGGGCAAGUCUUGAGCUUCUGGAAGGUAAAAACCUUCCAGGGGUAGAAGCCCUUAGCAACAUGUAAUUGUCAUAAUGCACCUGCUUCCUGUUUCCUGAUCUCAGCGCCAGAACCAACUCGUGCUUUUACAUCUCAACCUAACCUACCUCUCCAUGUUGGUUAACCUCUGCUCUGUAUCAAGACCCAGGUAAAGACCUAGCAGUGAGCCAUCAGUAUCAUCUUAAUUCUGUCACGCAUUUGUUACUCUCUUCAAUAUUUCAUCAGGAUUCCCCGCAGUCCUUCCUAGGGAGGCAACAUUCUUAUGUCAACUAUUAAAGAAGUGAGCUGAGUAGGCUGAA